GCCUUUACAACUCUACCAAUGAGUCGCUCUGCCAAAUACGCAGCCCCAUCUUUGCGGCCCCUUCUUCCUCGUCAUAUCGACCCCUCCCGCAUCAAGGCCCCCCGCACGAAGCCCCCUCCUGCAGUCCCCUUCUUUCGAGACCCCGAACAUACUAUCCCGACGAAAUGGAGUCUGUACCGGCCACUGCUUCGCUUUGCCAGAGGCUCUCUCGGAGAUGAAACAGCCUAUCCCAGUGUCGGCAGAGAAGUAAAGAGACUAUGGAAAAGCCGGCGUUCUUGGACAUCUGUGCCCCAAGUACGAACCUUUCUGCAAGGACAGUACGACAUCCUCUCUGCCUUCCAGGACAACAAUAUCUCAGAGCUCGACGAGCUCGAAGCUCGCCUUGCCAACAAUCAUCGUCUGCACGAUGAUCGGGUAGCUACAAAGGCAGCUCUAGAAGCCGCCAAACCGCGACGCCCUCGCCCUCGUAUCGUCGGCUUCCUGCGUCCUACACUCUUCAAUCCUCCCCUUCCCCGCCUGAAACCUCAGCCUCCGGCUUUAGGGGCCAUGAUCCACGCCCGUCUUCGUCGUCGAGAACGCCGUAUGGAACGACGGAAAGAGUAUGCGUCUUUGAGACCGGAUAUGAAGCUGGAGGUGGCCUUUUGGAAGAACGUGUUGGGAAGGGAAGGUGAGCAUUUGACGGACAAUACGUUGUCGCCUGGCGGAUGGGAUCAGCUGCUGAGGGAAGAAGUGGAAGCGAUGGAUGCGAGGUUCGUCAAGGAGAACAAGAGGGCGGAUAUGGUGUAUGACGAGGCAAUGUACGAGAGGAUAGAAUCGGCGAAAAAGGCAAGGUCAGAAUGGUGGACCAAGAAGAAGGCAGAGCUAAAAGCGGAGAGGCUGGCGCGCAAGAGUCAAUGAUAUGCAAGGUCUGCUAUGAGCGCUCGCCCAACUGCCUCCAUCACUUCAGGCGAAGGGUCUUCACCCUCGUCCUCACCCUCCUCGAUCUGCCCUUCCUCUCCCACCUCUUCAUCGCUGUCUUCGUCCGAUGCAUAAUCUCCAAGGGCAAGCAGACUCGUCCCCGCAUCGACCUUGGCCUUCUUUGCAGGUACUGCUGCCCCGGCUCCUCCAGCCGUCAGCGGCGCCCCACUUCUCUUGGCUCCCCAGCCAGAGUCCCUCGUUCUCUCGGCGACACCAGCGACACCGUCAUAUUGCGUCUCCUCCCGACCGAUAAUGACCACCUCUCCCUUCUGAACCUUCUUCUCCCACUCGUCUUUGAGCAUCACCCGUAUUUCGGGAAACUCUACCCACGCCGCGCCUUGCAAGACCUCUUUGAGAGGCUUGUCGGCGUCGAGUGGCGGGUAGAAGAGCUGCUGAUGCAGCUCGUGCGCUGGUGCAGGGUGGGAAGGGGUCGAGUAGAAGGGUAGUAAUAGCUGAAGCUCUACUACGGGUGUGUUGAGAGGGGGAAGAAAUGAAGAGAGAUUCGGCAGGGUCGCAGAGUCAUCGUUGGAUGCAAACAGGACUCGCGGAUGAGCGAUGGUCUUGGAGGACGAAGAGGGUGAUGUUGUGGGUUCUGCUAGUAGCGUAUGGGGUAUGAUCAAGUGUAUUGUCAAAUGUAGCUGUCCAGACCUGCAUCAUAGCAUUAGUAACUGACAGCCAUGUAUAGACCACCACUCACUUUUGAUUCCA